AUGGCUGAGCGCCGCGAGCUAAAUCAAGAACGGUUAAAAAAUGACGUAUUAGAAGAAUAUGUACGGCGUUGCAAACCUUUUGAAGCGGACAAGAAUUGCGAGCUGAAGGUGGCCGAGAAGCAGCUCGAAUUUUCUCAGCAGGAUGCGCUUAGUUUGCUGGACUUUGACCUGAAGCAAGCUGAUGAUGUUUACCGGGCGCAAAGGCAGAAACUUAAAUGCAAGAUGCUGGAAGAUACACGUCGUAGACGAGCGAUAGUCGAACAGCGAUUGAUGGCACUGAAUGAUAAGCUGAAAACUAGGAGUAACUUCAAGGUCGAAGAAAACAGUGAUGAUUUUGCGGAUCUAAAAGGAAAAAAAUUACACCCCAAGUUGUUGGAACAACAGCUUAGACGAGCUCAAAAGCGAACGAGAAAAAACUUUAACUUUAGACACUUGUCGGGUGGCGUGCUGCCGACACCUGAAAGGAUUGUAAGUGAUGUUAUCGAAGAAUGUAAGAAGUUGCGACGGAGUCGAGACCGUGAAGAAGCAGUUAAAAGGACGAUGGAAGAAGGUGUAGAUCCGGGUAUACACAUCACUAUCAUGGAGCAUGGUCAAAAGCUGCGUUGUCAGACGAAAAAUACGCACGGUGAAGAUGCGGACCAGACAUUUGAAGUAGGAGAUGCGGUAGUUUUGAUAUCUCAGCUAACGGAGGAAGAUUUCUUUGGGUUUAUAUCGGAAAUUACAAGUGAUGAGGUGAAAUUAGUUUUGGUAUGUGGGACUCACGUGCGUGUAGCAAUUGCUCGAUUGCGUACUGGGCAGUGCAUUUUACACAAGCGACCAAAGGCUGCAGCAAUAAUUGAUAAUGUGAUCUCUCCAUCAGGCAUUGCUACAAGUCUAACAGAAUUAUUACAGGAUCCACCUGACGUGCGUCGUCGUGAUGCCGUGCUUUUGAACCGAUUAAAGCGGAAGACAACAAUCGAUAUCCGACGUGGUUUCUGA